GUGUAUCUAUUUACCUAGUGUACGGAAAAUCCCGAUGUUUUAACUUUAGUAGUGCAAACAUCAUAUUUCAUUGUAUACGGUUAAGUUAAAUCAAACCUGGAUUAAAACGAAAUUUAAGGACAUACAAAAUCACAAUAUCGCAAAUUAAUAGUAACGGAUUCAAUUGAAUACAAACACCAGCUAGAUUGAAAGAUGGGCGCUAAAAUCGACAAGGACAAAUCUGUUUCAGAUUUGACUUUCAUUUCCACCCCAUCGUCUUGUUUUGCUCAAUCUACUUUCCCAAAUUUUACAGAAAAUUUCAACGAGUGCAACAAUUAUAAUGAUGGUGCCGCAUCGUUGCAUGACAUAGAUUUUCUAAACGUGAUAUUACCACCAUCUCCUGAAAGUUCAAGUCAGAUCAGAUCAGAAAUUGAUGACGCCUCCUAUUCACCGGAAAUCUUACACGAAACGUUAAAGGAUCAAGAUAUCCCCAAUGACUUGUUAAAGUCUUCGUUGAGAAUGAACAAAUUUACUACUGAAGAUUCAUCCACUUGUUACGAAAUGUAUCAGGCGAACACAAAAAAGAAAACUGAUGGAGAAGAAAGUAGUUUAUAUGAACCAAGCCGAACGUCUGCUAAAAUGUCUUUAAAAAAGAAAACAACUCUGCGAGAAAAUGAUCUGAGAAAUGAUACAGAAAAUAAGAAGUCAAGAAGAUCCUUAAAAUUUCCACCAUGUUUUAUUUGUAGCGGUAAUGCAUCUGGUCUACACUAUGGUGCGAUAACUUGUGAGGCUUGCAAAGGAUUCUUUAGACGACACCUUCAAAAGAAAACAAAUUUUAAAUGUUUCAAAGGGGGAGAUUGUGAAAUUACAUCCGGUAAAAAAGGAAUUUGCUCUGGAUGCCGUUUACAGAAAUGCCUAGAUAUUGGCAUGUCAAAAGAAAAGUCGAAGAUUGGACGAUAUACUUCAACAAAAAGGACUGAAGCGAUAAUUCGAAUGAAAAAGUUGGAGGAGGAAUCACACCUUGAUGAAAGCACCCAUGAAAAACAUUUGGCUCCUUUAAUUAAACUUGACGGAGAUGAUACUGAUAACCUUUUUAAUGAUCAAUUUGUCGCACAGCUAGUUAAAGCCAUGGAUGAAUUAGAGAUAUAUGGACCAAACGUUAAGACAAAGGAAAAAGUACAAGAAUGCCAUAGACAUGUUUCUGAAAUGUUCCAGCGAAAGAUUGAAUUAUUUGGGAAAAUGGGCACUGUCCCAAAGGAAGAAUUUCACAAAUUAUACAAAGAAUUUGGAAUAGACAUUGAUGGCCGCAUAGCUGAUAUGAAAAUAGAAUUCGGAGAUUUUGAGGAACUAGCGAGCCGUUAUGAGAAUUUUGCCAUACAAAUUCCUGGGUUUAGUGAUCUGCACGAGGAAGACCAGUCUAACCUGCUGAAAAUUGCAAUGUCAGAUUUUAUGGUACUUAUCGCAAACGACGGCUACAACGACGACUAUAAAACAUUUGUUUCCACGGAUGGACAUGGCUACCAUUUUGAUGACUUGGUAAAUAAAUUCUAUUCGAAGGAUUUGAUAACAAUUGUAUGUGAAAUGUAUUGUUGUUGGCAAAAACUUUGUUUGAGUCCAGAAGAGACAGCAAUAAUAGGUGCUUUGACAUUAGUUUCUGCUGAUCGAUGCAAACUGCAAAAUCGUCCCCUUGUUGAAAAAGCACAGUUGUCUAUUACUAAGCUGCUCCAACGAUACAUAGAGAAAGUGAGACGGCAUGAUUCGCAGAAAAGGUUCGCAAAGAUUAUGGACGCUUUGAUAAAAACACGAGAAAUGUCUGAAUUGUUCAUUAAGGAACAAAAUAUUAUAUGUAAUGACGCAUUGAUGCUGGAAGAAAUCCCGUGUAUCAUGUACCUGUUUGUGGAGGACACAUACUACAUAUCAUAUCAAAUCAUGGAGGCUGAAGGAAACCUUGAUGAAUGUAGUCCAUUUCUAUUUUCAACACCCAGUCCAGUUGAUUCUGCAUCAAGUCAAGAGCUAUGCUACCUUAGUGAAGGUUCUUUACAACAAGAUGAAAAUGGAGGUCGUUUAAAAAGAAAGGGUUGUUUACCAUCAUCUCAUGUUGAUUUUCUUAAUCUUGUCUUCCCACCAACACCUCAGCAAUCUCCAACUAGCCUACCAACUGAAGAUUGUGAAAGUAGGGAAAAUGCUGAAAUGCUGAAUGAUAAUCUUACCAAAGUUAUUGUACAGGAACAAGAAGGCAGUGACUUACUGUUGAUGGACAUUUCUCAGCAUCAUGGACAAAACAAAGAGAAGGAAUCUUCAUUUGAUGUUGAGAUGGAAGAUGUUACAGACACACCAAACGCAAGGCAAGAAAUAGGAAAAUCUUUAAGAAAGGAGAAAGAAAAGUCAGUGAAAGUAAAACGUGCUUUGACAUUCCCACCAUGUGUUAUAUGCACUGGAAAAGCUUCAGGGGCUCAUUACGGUGCUAUAACUUGUGAAGCUUGUAAAGGAUUCUUUCGACGUUACUUACAGAAAAAAGGAGAAUAUAAGUGCUCAAGAGGAGGAAAGUGUGAAAUUAUAAAUAGAAAUCGGGGUAACUGUUCAGGGUGUCGUUUAGCAAAAUGCUUGGCUUUGGGGAUGUCAAAGGAAAAGUCUAAAUUAGGGAGGUACACUCUAACUAAGAGAACUGAAGCAAUAAAGAAUAUGAAUAGACUUGAAGGAAAGGUAGCAACAGAUUCCUUAGAAGAGGGCAAUGAAAUUCCUGUGGUUGAUGAAAAAUGUGAAACUAGCAAGUAUGAUCCGGAGUCAGAAAUGAUAGGCAGGAAGAUAAGCCAGAAUGCAAAGGACUUAAAUGUUUCUAAUGGUUUCUCUGAACUCCUUGUAUCUGAGCUGGUGCAAGCUAUGCAUGAAAUAAAACCAUAUGGGAAAGAUAUCAAAACAAAGGAGCAGAUUUAUGAAAGACAUCUGUUUCAUGCAGAAAGGUACAAACAAAAAAUUGAACUGUUUGGUAGUAUGAACACUGUCCCUAAAGAGGAGUUCAAUAAAUUGUACAAGGAGUUUGGCAUUGAUAUUGAUGGAAGAAUGGCAGAUAUGAAAAUAUGCUGUAAAGAUUUGGAGGGCAUUGUUGAACGCUAUUGUAACUUUGCAAAGCAUAUCCCAGGGUUUCAUAAUUUACCAUACAAGGAUCAGUCAUCGUUACUGAAGGUGGCCAGGGCAGACUUUUUCAUUAUUAUAAUGAACGAGAGCUAUAGUAAAGAACAUAAGAUUUAUCUAGGGCAGGAUGGUAUAGGCUUCCAUAUAGAGGAGAUGGCAGAUAAAUUUCUGUCUCGGGAAUUAUUAGUUGAUUUGUGUGAUGUGUAUACCAGGUGGCAAAAGUUACAGCUAAGUGAGGAAGAGAAGGCAUUGAUAGGUGCAUUGACUCUAGUUUGUACUGACAGAUGCGAACUUGAAAACCGCUAUGCAGUUGAGAAAAUACAAUAUGCUAUUGCAGAUCUUAUUCAAUCGGUACUGUAUGCACAAAAUAAAUCAACAUCUCAGCUUAGAUUCACAAAAAUCAUUGACACAUUAACCAGUAUGAGAAAUGUCUCAGAACUGUAUCUAAAAGAGUACAAUAUUAUGUGUAAAGAUGAUGUUAUUGUUCAAGAAUUGCCAAUGUUGUCCGAGUUUUUUCUAGAAGAAUACGACAAUAUUGAGAAAAGUGACAAACAAUGAAUGUUACAAUCUUAUAUUGUUGCAAAGAUCUUCAUAAUUGUACAAAUUGUAGAACAUUUUGUAUAUAUAUGUUUCAAACUAUUUUUUUAAGGUACACAUGUAUUACCAUCACUUAGUUGCUCAAUAUACUCUCUUUGGUAACUAAUACAAUUGUUCCUAAUAAUUCAAGUGACAUUAUGCAUAUGCCUUUCCAUAUGUAAAUGGUGAUUGACCAGAUUACAGUCAAAAUAACUUUACAUAACGUAAAGUUAUUUCGACUGUUAUCUUGUCACUCACAGUCAUUUGUGCAUAGAUAUUUUAAAUUCAAUAUUUUAAUUCAAAUGUAUUAUCAAUAACUCUUGUGACUCACUUAAAUUCUAUAAAUUUCCUGCUGAGUGUUUCAGUGAUGUUCAAUUUAUAAAAAGACCGAGGCAGUCUUAAUUUUGGCUGUAAAGGUAAAGUUAUUGAAAUUGGCUUAGAUUGUCAUAACUGUGAUAUUUAUUUACAGAUUGGAUUUUUAUUUGGACAAAAGAACACAUAUAAUAAAACAGACAUGUUAAACUAUUAUGAUAUGAAUUUGAUCUUUAAAUGACCUUUACCAUCAAGGUCAAAUUAUUGAAAUUUGCUUCUAUUGUUAUAACUUUGGCUUAUGUUACAAUUUAUCCUAAACAUUUUUUACUAAAAUGUCACCAUUGUAAAAGUAAAUCUUAUAAAGUAUAUACAAAAUGAAAUGUAGUUAAUGUAGCUUAACUUGACAGCAAAAAAAUGAGCAUAUAAUGUCACUUUAAAUGUUUAAUAAAAUAUUUGAUUGUUCUUGUUAUAUACAUGUAUCAUCUUAUAAUACACACAAUACCAUUAUAUGUAUAUCAUACUUUGCUGUUCAAAUGUUUUGUAUACAAAUACCCAUGUGAUAAUAUCCCUUUUUGUUGAUAUAUUUCUAUGCAUUCUAAAAGUCUAAGGUUUUAGCUUAGUGACUCAUCUUUUGUAAUACAUGCAUUUAUAUUUCACCAUUUCUGCUUCUCUAUUGUAUCUCUCUUAUGUGCUUCAGAUUUGUUUCAAACUUAGAAAUAAUGGUGAUGGCUUUAAAGGGACUCAACUGAGGUUUUUUGACAUGAUAGGACUGAAAAUAUUUUUUCCAGAUAAUUGUACCAUUUGAUGUAGGUUUAGACCACUAAUCUUUGUGCAAUAUUUCAGAUCAUUUGCGCACACGGUUUUUCCAGAAUAAUUAUUCAAAUUGUAAAAAACUGACCCAAACUGAAAAGCGUUUAAACGCUUUUCACUCAAAUUAGGCUAAGAAACAAAGCAUAAAAUCGUUGAAAGAUACCAAAAUGCUGCUUUUAAAUGUAUUAUGUUCAUAUUUUGACAUUUUUGUUUUGAAAACUUACAUUCCCCAUUUCUGCCAUCAUGCUUUAUUGAUGAUUUUGUCAAUAGACUUGAAACAAGAGGUCAGUAGUAACAAAUUUACACAUAAAGUAUAACUAAGACCAGUAUUAACUUGAUUUUCUUUUCAUUUUAGCAUCUGGGUGGAGUGGCUUUAAUAGCUAUAGUUAAAUUAGAUAAUUAUUAACACCAUGCUGAGUAACUUAUUAUCACAUGCUUGAAAUGCUUGAUAUACUUUCUACAAUAAUAUUCCAGACACUUUUUUUCAUAUACAUGUCCAAAUAUAUAUUGCAUGAUGAUGUUCAAUGUUUCUGAAUGUUAUGUUUUUUUAAAGGAGCGCCACUGAGGUUAAAAAGCCUAAAAAUCAUAAAGUUUAAAACUCUUACAUAGAUCAAGUAUAUAAAACACUUAAAAUGAUAAAAU